GUCUGUAAACACACAUCCCCCUGGAUACCUCUAACAGCAAGAGUCUGUAAACACACAUCCCACUGGGCACAAACUGCUUGAAUCCAUUUUGUUUUCACGUCAUUUCAACAAAAAUAUAAUGUGAUGACAUUGAAUCAGAGUGGAAAACUUGUUUGGAUUUGCAAAAUAUCAUCAACGUAAAGGAAUCUCUUUUCAUCUAACUUUGACUCUAAAUCCAAUGAGAUGGUUACAUUUUUGUUGAUUUCACUUUGAAUUCACAUUAGUUGACAAUUUUAUCAAAUGUGGGACAGAUUCCCAGUUAAUGAGGCUAUAGCCACUGCUAAUCCAGUUCAUUAACAUACAUUCACCCUCUGUAACUAUGUAUUCCACGGGGUCAGGAGGCUUUUCAAGCUAACAUGCAGCUCUUCCCCUCCCAAAGUCCCUGCAGAUCACACUUCAUACUGCUAACAGUCUGCUACAACCCAUGUCUAGUCUGCAACAACCAACUUCGAACCAAUUAGCACAGGUCUUUAGUGUGAAGACACACGCAUGCACACGCACAUUCACACACAGAAAUCCGGGAUUGUUUGGUCCCCCACUGAGAUCAUAACAUAAUGAAUGUGGACAGUUUCAAAGUUUUAAUUAGCUGUGAAACUGUGUCUCCUUGUAUGAUGUUGGAUAAAUACUUUUUACAGUGGUCUGUGACUGCCAAGAGAAUAAGUGUAUUCUAUCACCCAUGAACUUCUCGUGUCCGCCAGACUUACUUCCACCUAACACCACACUAAUAACUAACAAAGCUGAACUAUAGGAGAGAAAAGGGUGAUGUGGUUUCAUUGUGUAUAUUGGAAUCACAGUUGGAUAACCUGCUAAAAUCAUUGUGAUGGAGGUAGCUUGCGUAAUCCACAUGUCACAUCCUGACUGCCUGCUGAUCAUCACACGUGAUUCACGUGUACUAUUGACUUAUUAGUCACACACACACACACACACACACACACACACACACACACACACACACACACACACACACACACACACACACACACACACACACACACACAGACUAUUUGAAUAACUCUACCUACAUGUACUGUACAUACUACCUCAACUAACCAGUGCCCCCGCACAUUGACUCUGUACUAGCACCCCCCGUGUAUAUAUAUAUAUUUUGUUAUUUUUUACUGCUGCUCUUUAAUUACUUGUUACUUGUCUCUUAUCCUCAUUUGUUUUAAAUUGCACUGUUAGUUAGGGGCUCAUAAGUAAGCAUUUCACUGUAAGGUGAAAUUGUAUUCGACGCAAUUUGAUUUGAUACCUGUGUGUCAGGAUGUUUAGGCUCUGUGCUCAUCCCUGUGGGUGGUAGAGAACAUUACCAUCCAUAGAGUGAUGUUAGUGUAGUCAGACAUGAGGGUGAGGUUCCAUUCCCCUCUAUCAUGAACCAGGACCAGCUGGUGUAGACAGUUGCCCUGUGAGAAGGAAGGAAGCAGGAAGUGCUGUGUACUUCUAAAUCCCCUCUUUUCCCCCCUCAGAGUCUGAUAAACCCACUAGCAGUUAUUCCACUCCGGUAGCAGAAUAUGAGUCAUUAUCCUGUUGUUACCAGCCUCCACAUCUGCUGGUCUGGUCUGUCCAGGGAAGGGAGGGGAGAAGAGGAGAGUGCUUUCUUUGUUAUACCAAGGUUUCCUUGGAAUUUUCAGCAACAUAUUGGGUGUCAGUAAGUUACUGUAGAAACAACAUCAUUUUUUUUUUACAGUGUACCGUAAUUCCACUCCACAGAAUUCACUAUCGUAACCUAUGACCAUUAUUAUAUAUUAUAACAUAUUUUUGAGGCUAUAAUUGUUGAUCCUGUGAGUGAGAAUGCUGUACCAAUUCAACUCCUAUGUGGUUAUAGUGCCCCAUCUACGUAAAAGGUAUAGGGUCCAGAUUGGAGUGGAAGCAGGUUUUAAACCUUUAAUGGUUGAGUAUUUUUGCCAUGACCUUUUGUUCUGUUUUGCCCUGUAGUUGUUGACAGUGUGGAGGCUCUUGUUAAGGUCUCUAGAAGUGUAAGUGAUAUAAAACACUAAAUAUGAAUAAUAUGCUUUAAGUUUCUUUCCCCCAAUGUUUUUAGAAGGAACAUUAAUGUGUUGAAAAUUAAAAAUGGUUUGCAGUCGACUCAGCACUGACACACACACUUACCCCACCAGACAUAAAACCAUGGGUCUUUUCACAGUCCCCAUAUCCAGAACGAAUUCAAGGAAUCGUAUAGUAGUAUAUAGAUCCAAGAUGGCAUGGAACUCCUUUCCAUUUCAUAUUGUUCAAGUGAACAGCAAACCUGGUUUAAAAAAAACUGUUAAAACAACACCUCCCAGUACAACGCCUCCCCCGAUUUUGACCUAAAUGUACUGAUAAAUGCUACUGAAUGAAAACACAAUAUAUGAACAUGGAAAUUAUAAAUGUAGGUAUAGAAUGAUAGGCCUGUGUUUUCUCUCUCAGUAUUGAGUCAGUACAGAACCUUUUAGUUAUAUUUUUCUUGUUUUACAUUUAUCUAGUUCUGUCCUUAAGCUGUUCCUGUCUAUUAAUGUUCUGUAUUAUGUCAUGUUUUAUGUUUUGUGUGGAUCCCAGGAAGAGUAGCUGCUUCUAUCACAACAGCUAAUGGGGAUCCUAAUAAAAUAUCAAAUACCAAUGAAUUCCAUUCAUCCAUCCAUUGAUGAAUUCACUUAACUUACAGGUAACUGGAUCCCUUCUAGCCAUGACCACUGAAUGUGUCAACACGAAUGACUGCUCCUGUCUGUCAGAUUACCAUAUCUCCACCAUGGUUUCAUCAAUAUCGUCAUCUUUCCACCAACAACUCUUCUCCCCAACAGAGGGAAAAGGGUGACGUCAGUUUCAAGGUGUGUGUGUAACAUCAUUGUUGAGACCAGAGAGCCUGCUGAUCAGAAGCUACUGAUACGAGGGUUACUGCUGAAGGUCACACACCAAUGAACACACUUUACAGAGGUACAUAAAGCUUUUACAGCUAUGGAGGAUUAAGGUUCAUUCAUCAUCUGUCUGAAGUCCUUAUCUUCAUGGUUUGAGUGAUGGACUUCUCUAACUGUACAGAGGGGUUCUUCUCCCUGGACGAUGAGAGUGAAGAGGUUUCUAUAAUCCCCCCAAGGAAGAUCCUCCUCACCUUCACCCUGUCCCUGCUCGCUGUCAUGACAACGGCCAUCAACUCUCUGGUGAUCACAGCCAUCAUAGUAACCAGGAAGUUGCAUCACCCGGCCAACUACCUGAUCUGCUCUCUGGCAGUGACAGACCUGCUGGUGGCCAUCUUGGUCAUGCCCUUCAGCAUCCUCUACAUACAGAGGGAGAGCUGGCAGAUGGGAGAGGCUGUGUGUUACAUGUGGCUGAGUGUUGACAUCACCUGCUGCACCUGUUCCAUCCUCCACCUGGCAGCCAUCGCUCUGGACCGCUACCGGGCCAUCACUGACGCCGUGGAGUAUUCACGCAAACGCACUGGACUCCGAGCUGGGAUCACUGUCGGCGUGGUCUGGUUUCUGUCCGUCCUCAUAUCCCUUCCCCCUCUCCUGUGGAGGAACCAUGGCGGGGAGCCAGAAGAGGACCAGUGUCUGAUAACUCACCACCACAUCGCCUUUACCCUCUACUCCACCCUGGGAGCCUUCUAUAUCCCCUUGCUCCUCAUCCUCAUCCUAUACUACAAGAUCUACAGAGCAGCUCAGACUCUGUACCUCCGCAGGGGGGGCAGCAGAGGGGCCAGCAGGGCCAGCCGACACUCCUCCAUGGUCAACGGAACCACUCUCCCCUCCUGCCCCCCUGAUGGGGGCCCCGACACCCUGAACCUCCAGGAGAAGUCCUACUCAGACCCCACCACGGAGGGAGACCGUGUGCGCAUUACCGUAAAGAGUCCCCACAGCGAGUCGAGGCGGGAGCGUGAGUGUUCGUUGAGACGGCAGCGUAUCUCAGGGACCAGGGAGCGGCGCGCUGCAUCUACGUUAGGACUGAUACUGGGGGCCUUUGUUGUCUGCUGGCUGCCUUUCUUCCUGAAGGAGGUGAUCGUCAACACGUGUGGCUCCUGCAGCACCUCCAUAGAGCUGGCUGACUUCCUCACCUGGCUGGGUUACCUCAACUCCCUCAUCAACCCUCUCAUCUACACUAUCUUCAAUGAGGACUUUAAGAAGGCCUUCCAGAGACUGGUCAGGUGUAGGCAUCGCCUCUGACACGGACGGAGAGGACACACAUGCACACACACACAAACACGUGCACAGCGUUCAGUUCUGAGUUGUGUUGUGUUGGGCACGGGAUGGCAUCUGAUUGCCUGAGAUUAGAGACUAUCGACAAGAGACUUUAAAUUAUUAACCGGAGGAAAUGACCUUAGAGACUAUGUCAAGACUAUGAGACACUCCAGCCAGGUCAGUCUAAUGGGACUGGCACAUUGCUGAGGUCUGGAGGGAAGUUAGGAGGACCUCAGAUCCAUAGCAGUCUAUUUAUGGAGAGCCCUGCAAUCAUCAUCUUCUUGUUUGUAUGGGUUAUUGACGUGGCCGGAAUGGUGUUGAAUGACAUUGAAAGGACAGUGUUUAAAUGACAGACUGAAACAGAUGAAGCGCUAGGGUGAAACUCUGGAUGUAGACCAUCGGCCUCGAUCUUUCCAAGGUCUCAGAAAAGCUUACCAUGGUGUUUCUGUCUGUUCUAUAACUAUCAACCUCCCCAAGCAAGUCUGCUCUGAAAUAAAACGUAU